GCUAACCUCAAACUCCUGAGCUCAAGUGAUUCUGGAGUGCUGGGAUUACUGACAUGAGCUACCACGCCCGGACAUUCAUGUAUCAUUUUACUUGUGUUUUAAAAAAUCUCUGUUUUCUGGCCUCCCCAUUUUUAAAAAUUGUUUUUACCUUCCUUCAUAGUUUAACUUAGGCUUUAAUCAUUUACAACAAAUAUUUCUAUUAAAAUGCAGACAAUAAGUCAUGAUUAGAGAAGGAAUCAGUGAACAAUAUAGUAGGUAGUUUUUUAUUAUUUCAGUCUCUGGCAUAGAGAUAUAGCUCAGUAUUGUUUAAUAUGUUAUUCUUUCAAGAGACAUUUAUUUUAAUCAGAGGAAUCUGGUUAACUUAUAUAAAGAAGAAAAAUGAAUCAGGGAAUUUUAAGAACUAAAGCAAAGAAGAUAAGUUUGAGAAUUCAAGUCAGUUACAAUUCAGAUGAAAAUGUAGCGUUUUCUCAAAAUAGGGACAAGUACAUUAAAUUCGUAUUGAUAAGAUUAUUAUUUAAAUUUUUUUAUUAUGAUAGCAGUGAUAUUAUAGGGGUAUAUGAUAAAGAAGUAUAUAAUGCCAACUUUUAGGCACCUUGUCUAAGUGUAGAAAGUAAACAUCUAAGAUACUUUUGAAAAGUUACAAGACUUUGGUGUUUGUGACUGAGAUGGAAACAAUUAACUGCAUGGAUCAAAUCUCUGCUCUCCCCUCAUCUUGUCGACUAUAAAAAUAAUUUCUAAGAGGCACUUGAAAAUGGACAAACUAAAUGACACACUAGCCACCCAAAGUCUCCUAUAUUCUAAAGUGUGUGAUGAGACAAACUGAUUCAAAAUAGCCCUAGGGUGAGAAUUUCCUGUUCAAAUCUGCAGUGACACAUUGGUGAGGAAUCUACUUUUUCCACUCUUGCCUCACUCUGAUCCUUCAAAGGGCAGUCUGUGAAGAUCACAGAUAACGUUUGUGUCUUUCAGAGGUAACCUGACCUCUCCACUGAAGGGCGUGUGGCUUUCUGAUGACAGUAGGUUUACUGCCACCUCCAGAGAAGCUCACUGCUGAGGUCCUAGGAAUCAUUUGCAUUGUCCUGAUGGCCACUGUGUUAAAAACAAUAGUUCUUAUUCCUUUCCUGGAGCAGAACAAUUCUUCCCCCAAUACAAGAACCCAGAAAGCACAUCAUUGUGGCCAUUGUCCCGAGGAGUGGAUUACAUAUUCCAACAGUUGUUAUUACAUUGGUAAGGAAAAAAGAACUUGGGCAGAGAGUUUGAUGGCCUGUGCUUCAAAGAACUCUAGUCUGCUUUCUAUAGAUAAUGGAAAAGAAAUGAAAUUUCUGGCCACCAUUUUACCUUCCUCAUGGAUUGGUGUGUUUCGUAACAGCAGUCAUCAUCCAUGGGUGACAAUAAAUGGUUUGGCUUUCAAACACGAGAUAAAAGACUCAGAUAAUGCUGAACAUAACUGUGCAAUGCUACAUACACGUGGACUUAUAUCAGACCAGUGUGGAUCUUCAAAUAUAUAUCAUUGUAAGCAUAAGCUUUAGAAUUAAAGUGUUUGAGUUUCCAGUUCAUCAGAUAAAUUUUAUAUUUGUUAAAAUAGAAAUGAUAUUAUGAUUGCAUAAGUCUUAAAAUGAAUUGCAUAAUUUGCUCUAAUAAUAAGAAAAUUCUAAAUAAAUUAUUGAAAUAUAAUACACACAAUUUAAAAAGUACAGAUAUCCUGGCAUUGAAGUCAGGCUCAUUUUGCUUAACAUGAUGUUUGUGGCAUUCAGCCUUCCUAAAAGUUGCAUGCUAUGUGGGUCAGUUUAUAUGAAGUAUCAAGAACAAGCAAAACCAUGGAGACAGAAAAUAAAAUAGCGUUGCCAAUGCCUAAGGGAGGUUGAAAUAGGUGUCCACUAAUUUCUAGAAUGUUUCUUUGUGUCAGUGAUGAAAACUUUCUAAAUUUCAGUAGUGGUGAUAGUUGUAACUCUGUGAAUAUACUAAAAAUCACUGAUUUUUUAUUAUUUUAAGUGGAUGAAAUUUAUGCUAUAUACAUGAUACCUCAAUAAAGCUGUCC